UUAAUUUCGUCUCCAGCUGUUCCUUUCUGUUUCCGGAUCCUUUGCGCCUUCCUAUAAUCUGAAGUCAUAACUUUGUGAAAUUAAUUGCUUCGGAAAAAGUUGGGACAGCUGAAAGUAGAUUAUUGGUCUGGAAAAAACUGAUGUGCCAAAAUUUAAUCGCCUGAAGCAUUAGAAAUUUAGAAUGUUUACACUUUACACUGAACUUUCCCUGCAUUUCUGCCACCACUAUCUGUAGUUCUGUAUGUACUACAGUUCACGCGCUAUAAUACAAGCUGCACGCAUGUAGCUUGCAGAUCAUCUGUAUAUAUACAUCUGCAUCGAUACACGUCAUAGUUGCUCACACAUAUAGGCUGACCAAAAGAAACCUCUGCUAAGAGAUAGAAGCACGCGAGCAUUGUCUUGUCGACCUGUUGCCGGAUUCCUGUCCCCUUCACACAUCAUGCAUUCACGCCACAUCGGAGUGCUUUAGAACUGCUGCUCUCCACUGUCCUGUAGAGAGACAGAGAGAUGGGGAGAACCAAGAAGGAAUGGUGGGCAGCCUCGUUCAUGGCGUUGAUCCAAGUUUUCACAACUGGGUAGAUGUUGCUCACCAAGGUGGUCGUCGAUGAUGGGUUGUCCGUGUGCACCCUCCUUACCUAUCGGUUCUUCAUGGGUGCCAUCUUGGUCAUCCCCCUAGCUGUGAUCUUUGAGAAGGGGAAGUUGAAGGAGCUUAAUUUGAAGGCAUUCAUAUGGAUUUUUACAAGUGCACUUGUGGGGUUCACUAUUCCUGGUCUUUACUAUAUUGGCCUCGGAGAUACAUCGCCUGGAUAUGCAAUCAAUUUUUACAACAUUAUCCCAAUAGCCACAUUCAUCCUUGCAGUUCUUUUCAGGAAGGAGCCUCUGAACAUAAAGAGCCUGGUAGGAAACUUCAAGGUGAUAGGAACAAUUGUUUGUGUCGGGGGCACACUGGUGAUUAGCCUGUACAAGGGCAAAGUGCUUCAUCUGUGGCCUACCAACAUUAUAGGGUACCAUGCGAAGCAUUCAGGAGCUGCAUAUGGGCACCACCAUAUGCGUGGAGCCAUCUUGCUCAUCAUCAGCUGUUUGAGCCUGGCCGUCUGGUACACAGUGCAGGCCCAGAUGCUGAAAGUGUUUCCUUACAAGUACUGGUCCACGGUUGUCACAUGCUUCGUCGGCUGCAUACAGAUGGCUGUUGUAGGGGUCGCCAUGAACAGAGAAAAGGAGACCUGGCAGCUGAGAUGGAAUAUGAGCCUGCUCACAAUCGUAUACUCGGCAAUACUCAACACCGCGGCGAAAUUCGUGAUGAUUUCAUGGGUCGUCACGCAGCGUGGCCCAACCUACCCGUCCAUGUUUUGCGCAGUAUCAGUAUUGUUCACCACUGUCCUCGACUCGCUGCUCCUCGGCCAUGACCUGUCUGUUGGAAGUAUUCUUGGCAUGAUCAUGAUUCUUGCUGGGCUCUACAUGUUCCUCUGGGGAAAGAGGAAGGAACAACUGGCGCCUGAGAGUCAAGAAAACCCCAAGGACGAACUGCGAUUUCAGAGUGAAGACAAAAUCAAAGAUUCAGGAUCCCACGUGUGAUUGUCUCGUCGAACAAAAAUGUUGCGGAAGGAAACGAGACACCUGUUCAAAAUCUGCUGGUCUAAUGAAAAUGAAGCGCCUUUAGAUUCUUGUGGUGAAAUUGAAUUCAGAUAGCGUCGUCCGUACUACAUGCAAGUGAAAAAUAGAAACGGAACAUUUAGAGCAUCUCCAAGAGUCUUUUUAAAAUUUACACUCUAAAUCAUCAUUUAGAGAGUCACUUGAGUAAAAAUCAUUUUUUAUA